UACAUUUGUCUUUAGUCCAUCUGCCACAAUGUGCCUUCUUAUACUUCCCCUACUGAUGAGCUUCAUUGGUUCCAUCUCCUGUCUUCAGUUUCUGGCACCAUUCAACAUGGGUGGAGUCAUGGGUCAGGUCCAAUUUAAUGCUACAUCCCAGACAGCAACAGUCAAUGUUUCUGGUGCCGGAUCGUGUGGUACCUUAAACUUUUCCCUCACUGAGUUUCCUGUCAUGUACGGCCAUUUUGAUGAUCCAUGUUCUGUGGCAAACAUUGGCUCUAGUGUUUUCACGUUCACUGCCGAUCCCACAUCAAGUGGCAACGUCAAUGUAUCAAGCCUGUUUGAACAGCGCUCAAACCUAGAUGACCUCUCGCUCACUCUGCAGACCUGUAACAACACUCUUGUAUGUACCGUUGUAAGUCGAGGUCAAACAGUCAUGACAAAUCAGGCCAGAUUCACUGGUGAGAUAGCAGGUAAUGUUUAUAUCCGCCAUAACGCUGGACUGAGCAACUUACGGCUCCUGAUAGAUCUUGUGACAAUCGGUCAAGUCAAUGCAUCCUCGACCAGCAUGACACUCUUUGGCUCAGCAAGCUCGGCCGGAAGCUGCAACGUUCUUCUUGGGAGUUUAGAUGUCUCAUCUUUAACAAAUCUAAGUGUCAUCAGGAUUGGAACUCCUUUGCAACCAGAGAAAUCUCGCCUGGACAUAACUAACUACGAGAGCAGCACAUCCUUUCUUAUCCUUCGCCCAGGUUCAACCUUCAUAUGUGCUCAGAUUUAUAAUGUGCCAGAGAAACAAGUGAGUGCUUUAUUUGAUAUGAGAGGGAUAAAUGGAUACAUCAGCUUCCGCCAGGCUUCCCCUUUUGAUCGGACAGAGUUGAAGCUCAACCUGAGUAACUUGCAGAGCAGGGUAGCAACUUUUCAUGUCCACAAUUUUCCCGUUCCUACAGGCAGGUCUUCUAUCGCAAAUCUAUGUUCCAACGACAAUCUGGGUGGCCACUGGAAUCCAUUUGGUGUCGACACAAGUGCCCCAACAUACCCCUCUGGACCUGGAUCAACACACGACCUAUAUGAGGUCGGAGACCUCAGUUCUAAACAUAUGUCUCUUGCCGGCCGAAACGAAGUGACUAUGACAUUUGAAGACUUCAACCUCCCUCUUUUCGGACGGAACAGCAUUGUUGGUCGGUCCAUUGUGAUUCAUCUAACAGACGAUGGUGCCAGGUAUGUCUGCGCCAGCAUUGGCUAUCCUGGUGAAGUAAUUGUUGCCAGAGCCAGGUUUAGGAGCCCAUUGGUUGGUGAAAUGUGGUUCACCCAGCUGAAGGACCACCCCUUAUCUGACGUAUCAACCUUUGUGGAUUUGUCAUAUGGAAACCCCACAAUGGCCUCAACCAUAAACCAUAACUGGCAUAUCCACGUGUACCCCAUCAGUUCUGAGAGGGAUGAUGAUGAGACAAGGUGCAGCACAACAGGAGGCCAUUGGAACCCUUUCAAUAUCGACACAGAAGACAGCAGCUAUGAUCUCCACUGUAGCCCACUUACUCCAGUAGCCUGUGAAGCUGGAGACUUUGCCAGUAAACACAGUCUUCUCAACCUUAGCGCCACAGUAGGAGGAGUGGAAGCCAAAAGUUUCUUUACUGAUGUCACUUCCUGGUUACAAGAGUCAGGCAUUAUUGAUCGCUCUGUGGUCAUACAUGAAGCAGACAGAGGAGGGCCUAGGAUUGCAUGUGCAAAUAUUACUAUGGUGCAUGUACCCAGAGCAAGUCUGGGAUCUUUUUUUGGCCCUGGCAUGUUAACUGGACAAAUUCAGUUCUCCCAGUCUAUCCCAAAUGGCCCCACAAAUGUAUCUGUGUCCUUGUCCAACCUGAAUGCCAUGGCUGGUGGCUACCAUGUUCAUGUUUUGCCCAUCAAACCAAACAGUACAGAACCAUGCUCAGCUGCAAACAUUAUGGGACACUACAACCCGCUGUCCGUCAACAUAACACAGUCCCCUCCGCCUGGAAAUGGUACUGUUGACCAGUAUGAGAUAGGUGAUAUUAGUGGAAAAUUUGGGCUGCUGACUGGCCUCAGCGAAUCACAGCAGAUGUAUGUAGACAGCAAUCUACCAUUGUCAGGGCCUCACAGCAUCGUGGGAAGAUCUGUGGUGAUCCACUACACCAAUGGUUCAAGAUUGCAAUGUGCUGACAUAACUGCUGACAGAAAUACAGAUGGACAAUGGACACUUGCCAACGCGGUGUUUAAUGGCUCUGUGAAUGGGACAAUCAGAUUGUUCCAGCAAAGUUUUCCUGAUGGAAGUAGCGGUGAUACCACCCUGGAAGUGAAUCUACGAUCUUUAAAUCUCACAGAGGCUUCACUGUUCAUAUCAAGUAACCUUAUCGGUGCUGGUAACAAUUUCCUGGACAUCUAUAAUCCUUUCAACAUGACAUUGAUGAGUUCUAGCUGCUCUCUUGACAACCCGCUGAGCUGUGUGGUUGGGGAGUUGUCUGGAAGACAUGGCCCAGUCAGCCUAGAGGAGAGACAGCUCUACACUGACAGCAUCAUUCAGCUUUCUGGAGAUCACACAGUUGUCAACAGAUCUUUGGUACUGAUGGAUGGUGAGGACUUCAUUGCAAGUGCUGACAUUGUUGCUGAAUCUCCCUCAGCAGAUCAGACUUUCCCCAUGGUAACGGACUUCAACAGAUAUAACUUCCGCAGUCUUGUUGCAAACGUCCUGGAUAUAGAAACAGCAAGAGUAACCAUCUUGGGCUCCUCUCCCACAUCUGUAGUUGAAGGCCAGUGCCAACGAGUAAGCUUCAUGGUAUCAGGUGAUGUCAGUCCAGAACUUCUGAGCUCUGUCAGAACCAGUGAGGAGAUGGGGAGGUUCAGAGAGUCAGAUGAAUGCAACCCUAGAAGUGGAGGUGGACUGCUGGCACCCACAAAAAUCCUCGUCAUCUUGUUUGUUGCAUGUGGUCUACUUCCUUUUACAACUUGAGUUUUUUCACACCCACUGCCAUUGGCACAAAAGGGAUCAUUUGCUCCUUAAAUCCUAGAUUGAAUGUGUUCAUGGAAUGAAGUGCACCACCGCAUGACGUGGUCAUCUGACAUGUACAAGUUAUGUAUUACCAACAUACUUAUCCGAUACUUAUACUUAUUUGACAAAGCUCUAAAGUAUCUAACCUGAAUUUCCAAUGUCAUUUGCACUAUUACAGUAUCGGCUGGUAUUUGUUUUAAUAUUCUUCAGACUCCUGCCUUAAUGUAUGCAAUAUGCAUUUUUCUGUAAAUCUGUGUACACACACACACACACACAUACGCACGCACACAAGUGUGUGUGUGUGUGCUUUUGCGAACGGCAGGUCUGCAAUUUGUUGCUUUACAGCCGAUGAUAGCCCAAGGAGACUCGAUUCAGAAUGCAGAAAUAUUGUGAGGUAGCUUUAUCGAUUAAACUGCUGUAAAAUUGCGAUAUAAUAACCUCUAAAUGGCAAUUAUGGUUUGCGAAAGGGUUCUAGACGUAUCAGGAGCAUUUUUUUUAAUCUGAUCUUUGAACAUAAUUCCUGAUUAAAGAACACUUGAAUUUCCUUUUUUACAGCUGCAGCCAAUGAGGUAUUUAUCUAUGUUUGGAUGUCAUUUUCACCAUGGGAAACUGUUUAUUGUGACUUCAUUUGUCUCUUCCCAAUUGUAUCAUUAUUUGUAUAGUUUUCACUGUAAU